GCUACUUGAAAAAAUGGGGACGAAUUCAUCACUAUCGUCUCCCAGGUGGAUACGUUGAUACUUCUCGAUGCUACUGUAGUGUUUCUGUCUCCCAAUCCGACAUUUCGGAGAAAGCUUCGACCUCUGUGAAGGGAAAAAAGAAUUAGCUUGGGACUAUACUUCAUUGAUUCUCUGCAAUGAGUACAAUAAGAUGAGUUGUUGAUCCAACCUUUACUUAAGGACGACAGUGCAACUCCUGCUUUGCAAGAAAAGGGUUGUAUCUGGAGUCCAGCCUACGGGAUCUCUACACCUUGGCAAUUAUCUUGGUGCCAUUAAAAAUUGGAUUUUACUUCAGAAUAUAUAUGAGACAUUCUUCUUCAUCGUGGACUUACAUGCAGAUUUGGUGACGAAGAAGAUUAUUGACAGUGACGUGAGGAGAGUGGUCUCUACUGCCUUAAGCCACAACUAUCUUGUUUGACUGCACCUCAGUCCUAUGCAUGUGGCCGUAGUGAUGCUAGUUCCAUAAACUCUGUGAUGCUUUGGCAUCAGUGUUUGGGACAUCCAUCUUUUGUUGUUAUGAGGAAACAAUUACCUCAUUUGUUUAUAUCUUUUUCUUCUUCUCAUGUAUUUCAUUGUGUACCAUGUACUUUUGCUAAACAUUGUCGUUCAUCUUAUCCCUAUCAUGGUAGUAGAUCUGUUAUUCCUUUUCAUAUUAUGCAUACUAAUGUUUAGGGACCUUGUCCCAGUACCUCCCUGUUUGGCCAUUAUUAUAUUGUUUCUUUUGUUGAUGAUUUUUCUCGUUGUACUUAGACCAUUCUUAUGAAGCAUAAGAGUAAUGUUUAUGAUGCCUUCAAAAACUUCUAUAAAAUGAUCCAUGCCCAAUUUGAAACCAGGAUCAAAAUAGUCCGAUCUGAUAAGGGGGGGGGGAGUACAUGUAUAGUGUUCUACAAGACUUUUUACUGACAAUGGUGUUAUCCAUCAGCUUAGUUGUGUUGAUACACCCCAACAGAAUGGGCUAGCUGAGAGGAAAAAUCACCAUUUGUUAAAGUUGGUAGAAGCCUUCUAUUUGGUAUGCAUGUUCCUAAAACUUUUUUUGUCUGAAGUGGUUCUUCCUACUGCUUUUCUCAUUAGUCGCAUGCCUACCAAAAUUUUUGGAUCUCAAAACCCAGUUGCACUAUUGUCUCCUCAAUCUUCUGCUUUUUCUCUGCCCCCAGGGUGUUUGGUUGUGUUUGUUAUGUGCACGUCAAUAAAUCCUCUCACACCAAACUUGAUCCCAAGGUUCUCAAAUGCCUCUUCCUUUGGCAUUCUUCCAUUACCAAAGGCUACAAGUGUUACCAUCUUUCAUCUCGUUCCAGAUUUGUUUCCAAAGAUGUCACCUUCCUUGAGUCUGUGCCUUUCUUUGCUUCUCAUCAGCAUCCUAUUCAGGGGGAGAAUGAAAGUAAAAGUGAAAAAGUUACUGAUGCCAUUCCAUUUCUUAGUCAUUUGCCUCUUACUCCUUUUUCUUUUGAUAUUGGGAAAAAUAAAGAGGUGGAUGAUGUUGACACUGUGGAUAUUGUUGAUACUCUUGAACCUUGUACAGAGAAGGCACUUGAUAUUGUAUACACAUGAAGGACAAAGAAGACCUUCCAAGAGUCCUCUUUGGAUCCAUAUCCUGAGUUUCAUCACCCCAAAUCAGAUAACCUUAGAAUAUGAUGUAAAGCAGCUAGCUACAGCAACAAAAAGUACAGCAGCCAUUUACAUGGCUUGUGGUGUUGACACCACCAAGGCUUCUGUCUUUGUGCAGUCUCAUGUCCGUGCUCAUGUGGAGCUGAUGUGGCUACUGAGUUCUGUCACUCCAAUUGGUCGGGUGAACAGAAUGAUUCAAUUCAAAGAGAAAUCACGCAAGGCGGGAGACGAACAAGUUGGGGUUGCACUUCUAACUUAUCCUGUUUUAAUGGCUUCUGAUAUUCUCUUAUAUCAGUCUGAUUUGGUUCCAGUUGGUGAGGAUCAGAAACAACAUCUGGAGCUAACCCGUGAGCUGGCUGAGCGAGUUAACUAUAUGUAUGGAAGGAAGUGGAAGAAAAUGGGAGGACGAAGUUCUGCAAUUUUUAAGGUUCCUGAAUCUCUUAUCCCACCAGCAGGUGCACGGGUGAUGUCACUCACUGAUGGUCUUUCUAAGAUGUCCAAGUCUGAUCCUUCUGAUCAGUCCCGAAUCAACCUUCUUGACCCAAAAGAUGUGAUAGCAAACAAGAUUAAACGUUGCAAAACUGAUUCAUUUCCUGGCUUGGAAUUUGGAAAUCCUGAAAGACCUGAAUGCAACAACCUUCUUUCUAUUUACCAACUCAUUUCUGGAAGGACAAAAGAGGAAGUUGCUCAAGAAUGCCAAGAUAUGAAUUGGGGCGCAUUCAAAACACUCCUAAUAGAUGCUUUGAUUGAUCAUCUACAUCCCAUACAGGUUCGCUACGAGGAAAUCAUGUCUGAUUCUGCUUAUCUGGAUAGAGUUUUGGCAGAGGGAGCCACAAAAGCCGCCGUUGUUGCAGAUGCUACUCUCAAUAAUGUCUACCAAGCAAUGGGAUUCUUACGAAGAUGAACAGAAUCGAUGCUGUGGGAAGAAUUUUUGUGAAAGAUCAGUUAGAAAGUAAACUUAAAGGUAGCUUCUGGAUGAUCCUAUGGAUACCCACAAGGCUACAAGUUUCGCCCCAAAACACAUUAUUGGUAAGAGAAAGAUCAUUUUCAAGGUCCCAAUGGGAGCUAAUUCUUUGAUGAAGCAAUCUCCACCACUUCUUAUGGACAGUUGCGUUAUAUCCUCAUAUUCUUCUCUAUUCAUUGAUUCUGGUAGCUUUUUCUCCCAACGGUAGUUGAUGUAAGCUCAUUUUGCAAAUUCCUAUUUCAAAAAUCAGCUUUGCUCAUGAUUGCUGGUAAAGUUGAAUUAUUCUCUCGGCUUGCCAAUAUCAGAGGAAUAGCCUUUCGAUAUGUUUGAUGCUUAUGCAAUAUUGCAACACACUGAAGAAUGCACUGAAGUGCUUGAUUCAAUGUACAGGUUAUGACCUCUAGUCCUCAACAAGUGAAAUGUUAGUUGAGUUAAUUAGAAGUACUAAUCUAAUAUGAGAAGUUUUUCUGGUCUUCUGA